AUGUCUCGAAGGUUUGGGGAAGAGAUUCCUAGUCUACCCGCAGAAAAUGGCGAGAUUUUGGAGAGCGGCGAAAAACUAUGUGAAUGGAUUUGGAAUGAUGAAAUUGGCAGAGAUGCUAUUAUGAAAGGCCCAUUCGGAAAUCGAAAAAGUUUGUGGAAAUGAACAAAAUGCAUACAAAAUUUAAUUUAUUUUAGUAACUUAUUGUGAUUACACAGCGAGUGCUCGAGCGAUUUCUGCAAUCGAGGAUUAUAUCAGAAAUGUAAGUUCUUGCAAAUUGAAUCAAGUUAACUCACAAAAAAUGAUUUUUUGAUUUGUAUGGUUUCUAUUAGAUUUCAAUUCACUGAUCCUGAUUUUGUUGUCAAAUACUGAUUAGCCCAUUAAACUCACGAAACCUAUUCAUGCAGUUCCAGUUUCGAAGGUGCCAGCAAAAGAGAAAUAAAAAUCCAGGUUUCAUUUUUAAAAGAGUUUCUUCACGUGAUGACAUAGUUAGAUAAUAAUCUACGAAUCUUUUAAAAUGAAACCUCGGUUUGCAUUUCUCAUUGGCGGCUUCCACACUGGCACGGAAUUAUGAUAAAAGCGUCGAAAUAUACUAAAAACCAUAUAAUUUAUAAAAUCCUCCACUGUAAGUUAAAACAAUUUCUUUUUUAGUGAGUACAAAAUAUCUUCUUCAUUUUUUCAGGAAGUUCUUCCAUUUUAUGGAAAUACACAUAGUUCGGUGACCGUAACCGCUGAGCAAACUACACUUUUCAUGCAUGAAGCUAGACAAGAAAUUCGAGCAAUGACUGGAGCUGGUGAUCUUGAUGAUAUUAUAUUCACUGGAAAUGGAGCAACUUCAGCUGUCGAAUUAUUGAUUCAUCUGAUGAAUAUUGAAAAUAUCGAGGAAUUUGUUGUUGUACAUUCAUCGCAAGAACAUCAUAGCAAUCUUUUACCUUGGAGGAAUCUGGGAAUAGAAUGUUUGGAAGUUAAAGAAGAUUCGAGUGGACGAAUUGAUGUUUUGGAUUUACAAAAUAUUUUGGAGUCAAUUUCUGGGAAACGGAUUAUUGGGGCGUUUACAGCGUGUUCAAAUGUUACUGGAAUUUUGAAUAAUAUUGAAAAGAUUUCACAAAUUCUCAAGAAAUUUGGAGCAUUAUCAAUUUGGGAUUUCGCUUCCGCUGCGCCAUAUAUCAAUAUUUCAUUUACAUCUUCAAUCGAUGCCAUUUUCUUCUCUGGUCACAAAUUCCCUGGAGGUGUUUCAUCUCCAGGUGUUCUUAUCAUCAAAAAAGCUCUCUGUCAAGCCAAAACUCCGAAAAGAAUUGGAGGAGGCACUGUAAUUUUUGUCUCAAAAACCAAAGAAUGGUAUUUGAAAGAGAAUUCGCAUCGAGAAGAAGGUGGAACUGCAGAUGCAAUUGGAGCUGUUAGAUUAGCAAUGGCUGCGAAAUUAAAAAGAAGUGUUGGUGAAAAUAUUAUCGCGGAAAUUGAGCAGAAUAUCAGUUCAAUGGUUAUCAGAACUUUUAAAGAGGAGGAGAAUUUGAUUUUAUUGGGGCCUGCAACAAGGCGAGAGAGGAUUCCUGUUUUCUCAUUUCUAGUGAAAGAACCGAAAAGUGGACUUUUCUUCCAUCAUAAUUAUAUUUCUGCACUUCUCAAUGAUCUUUUUGGAAUUCAAACUCGUUCUGGAUGUAUGUGUGCUGGUCCGUAUGCUCAAAAGUUAUUAGGAAUUGAUGAAAAGGUAAUUUUGGAUUUUUAAUAAAUUUUAAAAAAAAUCUAUGACAAAAAAUAAGAGAGGUCCUAUGAAAUCGAAUUCAAAGUUUUUCGAAAAAAAUCAGAUUCAAAGAUUUUCAAGAAACUAAAUUAUAAAUUACAUCAUUCAAUAAGACCUAAAUUUUUCCAGCUAGCUGAUAGAUUCGUCGAUGCAAUUCGCGAAGCUUCGGAUCUCGAUCGUUUACAUCUACGAAGAUCAACCGAAUAUUCAGAACGAGAAUUUCUUCGUCCUGGUUUCACUCGAAUUUCUUUUGCCUAUUUCACACCAAUCGAAACUAUUCGCCAAAUUCUCAAAGCCCUUCAAUUUGUCGCUCAACAUGCCGCCGAUUUUUUGCAUUUAUAUCAAGUAAAUUGUGAGAGCGGUGAAUGGCAUCAUAAAAAUCAACGAGUUUUUCAUGGAAGAAAAUGGUUGGGACAUGCGAGAUUCACUAAAAAUGGCUUGAUGUCGAAAGAAGAUACAGAAGAGUUUGCUGAAAAUCUGGAAAAUAUUCUGAAAAGUGCGGAUAAUCUAGCGAAUGACGCUGCUGAAAGUAUUGAUCUUUCUAAAACACCUGAUGCUCGAUCAGCUAUCGAUUCAAAAUAUUCCGAUCUUCGCUGGUUUGUUCUCCCAAUUGAAAUUGCUGAAUAUCAGAAAUUUGGAAAACUCACAAAAUCUCAAAAAUCUGUUAUACAACCCAAAGUUUAUGAGGAUGUUUCUGAAGAAAUUGAAGAAGAAAUUAGUCCUCAAAUAUCUCCUGAAAACAAUCCAGAAUUCCCAUCAGAAGAAGAAUUUGUAUGUCCUUUGAAUCCGGAAAUUGAGCGAAAACGAGGAAUUCAAGGAGAUAUUGAAGAUGAAAAAGAGGCGGAAGAAGUUCGAGAAACUGAAGAUUGGAAUAAACGAGUUAUUGUGAGAAAAGUUGAAUUAAGUAAAGAAGAAGAAUCUCGGAUAGAAUGGCAUAAUCCACCACUUGAAAUGUAUAAAAAAGUGACUGAUGUUAUACAUCAAUUAGAAAUGAUCAAAAAUGGUGAUAAAAUUCUAGUUUGUCUUUCGGGUGGAAAAGAUUCUUUGUCACUUUUACACAUUCUUCAUUUUUAUCAACAACGUUGCAAGAAAGCGAAAAGCACGGUAUUUGAAUUGGGUGCAAUUACAAUUGAUCCGGGAUCAAGUGAAUAUAAUCCACGACCACUUAUUGAAUAUUGUCGAUCAUUGAAUAUCGAUUAUUUUUAUGAAGAGCAAGAUAUUAUUGGAGCAGCGAAAAAAGUUGAGGGAUUACGGUCGAUUUGUGCAUUUUGUAGUCGGAUGAAACGUGGAAGAUUGGCUGCAGCAGCACAGUAGGUUUUGAAUUUUAAUUUUAUGGAUAAAAAUAAUAAUCGUAAUUUCGUAGUUACUUCGAAAUCACGAUUUUUGAAUUCAGCUUAAUUUUAAAGAAAAAAUGGGUUUUAACCAAAACGGUGUUUUUUUUUUUUGAAAAAUGUAGUUUUCUCGAUCUACAAAUUUUUAAACAAAAAUUAAUUUCAGGUUGCAUGGUUGGAAUGUUUUGGCGAUGGGCCAACAUUUGGAUGAUUUGGCUGAAUCGUUCUUGAUUGGCGCUUUUCAGAAUGGAAGUUUGACGACGAUGAAAGCACAAUAUUCAACAAAGUAAGUUCAGGGAUUUUUCGAAAAAAAAUAUUGGGCUCAUAAAAGAGUUUGUGGGUAACAUUAAUUUGGGUACCCCUUCAAAAAUGAAAUAAUUUCCAGAGAUCAAACCCUUCGCGUAAUUCGUCCUCUCGUCUUCGUCCGCGAAAAAGCGCUCAGAAACUUUGCUGAAGAGAAAAAACUGCCAAUCGUGGCCGAAAAUUGUCCAGCAUGUUUCAACCAAGCAACCGAACGACAUCGAAUAAAACAAUUAUUGGCACAACAAGAACUUGUCUUCCCUGAUUUAUUCAAUUCAUUGCGAAGUGCACUUCGACCACUUCUUUUGGUCGAUUCAGCACAUACUGAUCAAAUGCGACUACAAGCGGUUGAGAAUAUUUUGAAACAUAAGAAUUAA